GCCGCCGCCUCAGCCGCCGCCGCCGCCGCCUCAGCCUCGCCGCCUCGUGGGUCGGUCGUUCCGGCACACGGGCCCCAGCCGCGCCGCAGCCGCCCUCCGAGCCCCUUCAGGCCGCCCCGGUGUCCCCCUCCGGCCCGACCCAGCCCGCGAAGAUGGUGGACCGCGAGCAACUGGUGCAGAAAGCCCGGCUGGCCGAGCAGGCGGAGCGCUACGACGACAUGGCCGCGGCCAUGAAGAACGUGACGGAGCUGAAUGAGCCGCUGUCCAACGAAGAGCGGAACCUCCUGUCAGUGGCGUACAAGAACGUGGUGGGGGCGCGCCGCUCCUCCUGGCGGGUCAUCAGCAGCAUCGAGCAGAAGACGUCUGCUGACGGGAACGAGAAGAAGAUCGAGAUGGUGCGCGCCUACCGGGAGAAGAUCGAGAAGGAGCUGGAGGCCGUGUGCCAGGACGUGCUGGGCCUGCUGGACAACUACCUGAUCAAGAACUGCAGUGAGACCCAGUACGAGAGCAAAGUGUUCUACCUGAAGAUGAAGGGGGACUACUACCGCUACCUGGCCGAGGUGGCCACCGGCGAGAAGCGGGCCAGCGUGGUGGAGUCCUCCGAGAAGGCCUACAGCGAAGCCCACGAGAUCAGCAAGGAGCACAUGCAGCCCACGCACCCGAUCCGGCUGGGCCUGGCCCUCAACUACUCCGUGUUCUACUACGAGAUCCAGAACGCCCCGGAGCAGGCCUGCCACCUGGCCAAGACGGCCUUCGACGACGCCAUCGCCGAGCUCGACACGCUGAACGAGGACUCCUACAAGGACUCCACCCUCAUCAUGCAGCUGCUCCGUGACAACCUCACGCUCUGGACAAGCGACCAGCAGGACGACGACGGCGGGGAAGGCAACAACUAGGCCCGGGGACUGGCAGCGCACGCCGACGCUACUACUGCAGUCUUUAUUUUUUUCCCAUGAGUCGGGGGUCGGGUGGGGGAGGGAACGGGAGGGCUGACCUUCCCAGGGAGAAACCCACGACCUGUCCUGUCUUUGAUCGCCUCUUUGACAUUUUUGCCAAAAUACCACGAGUGGAAAGUCAGCCUAGCUGUGUGGUAUCGGAAUAGCAGCCUCGCACGGGCACAUGGACCGCUCUGUAGGUGAAUGUGAGUGGAGCCGUCGUCUUUACUUUAACUUAUUGCUAGGUGAUAGGGUUUGCAGGUGAGAAGAAAACACGAGGGGAGUGGCCCUCAUGCAGCAAGUUCUGUGGUUCCAGUGAGGACUUUUCUGUACAUACGCUCUUGUCUUGAGUUUCCGGUACUUUCCAUCUCAUCUCUCGGAGCUGUGUUUUUUCAGGGUGUGCUCUACCUACCAGACACGGGACAGUCUGAACCCCCAUCGCACAGACCCAGAACCUGCGGUGUGUGCAUCCUGAUGGUUUAGGUUUCGCAGGUCUGCUUGGUUGGCAGUAUUAACACUAAAUUUCCGUUUACAGUAUUCUGCAUUGCAGCCAUGUGCAACAUCAAGCCAUUGAUUGCGUGUUCUUUGCUGGUUACUUUGGCUUUACAUCCUUGUUCAGCCUCACCCAGGUGGGUUUUGCUGUUUAUCUGUCUCCUAGGCCCAAAGACUUGGCCUGAGGAGAAUCAAAGCUACGUUAGAUUUGGCAACAGGUGCUCGGCAGGUGGCUGUGGGUUUUUUUCUUUUUUCUUCUUUUUUUUUUUUUUUUUUGUCCUUUCCUCUGAACUUAGAUCCACCCCCCAAAAAAUUAUUAAUCAUUUUAAUAGGAGCGCUAAACGCCACAAAAAUAGAGAAAAUUCAGGUCUGUAUGUCAUUUCUCGUGUUGGGAUUUUCAGAGAAGGUCCUGCUCUCGCAGCUCUUGCCACCUCUGUCUCGGGACAGCACCACAGGCUCACCCCGCGCCAAGUCUCCCGCAGUGCCCGGCACCGCUUUCCAGCAAGCUGGUGGUGCAGUGGGUGAGAGGUCACUGGCGGGAGCUCUGGUCAGCUAAGUGUUCUUGGAAGUUUCGGGAGCCUUGCCUACGUCAGUUUCCCCUCCCUCUCCCCGAAAAACUCCGUCCCCAGGUGAUGGUUGCAGGAAGGGAAGCAGUGGACCGGGGGUAGACGCAGCGCUGCGAGCCUCGCGCAGGAGGUGGCACGGAAAGAUGAGCUUGGAGCCGAGGAUUGUGAAGUCCACGCAUAGGGGGUUCUGCAGACAGUCCGUGGGAAAUGCGUUAUCUCUUUAAUUCCGUUUUCCCCACACACUUGUUGAAACACUCUGCCAUGCAACUCCAGUUUUAACCAGUUUUUUUCUCUUUUUAAUGAACGCAGGGAAGUUUGGCGAUUCCCUCUUAGCGCGGUCAGCGCACGUGGCGGAAGUGAAGGAAAUCAUUGCUCUCUCCGGAAGUUGGGUUGUUAGCGUCAGGCCCCUCACCCUGGUCCUGGGUAGCUGCCUGUGAACACGGCUGUCGCAUGUGUGUGGUGUUUGUUUCCAAACCCGAGAGAGGUGACGCGACACCACACCUGCCGUGUUCUCUGACUUAGGCAAGGAGAGGGCUGAGGGUGACUGAGGGAAGGCUGGCGGGUGCCUGCGUGGGGAGCAGAGCUGAGCUCCCCGCGAGGCGCUUGUUCACAGGCUAGCGCACACCCCUCCAACACUACACUCCCGCAUGGCGCGCACCGCCCCCGCGGCCCCUCCUCCGCGCAGACUGGGGAGGGGGCGUAGGCGGGGCUCCUGCAGCAUGGGGAAGGAUGUCCUGGAAUUACAGAACCUGUCCUGCCUUUAAGUUUCAGCUUUGGCUCUGGCUGCUCUGUAGACUCACGCGAGACAAAACCACACCGAGGGCUGGAAGCGAAGAGGGGCUGGGAGACUGGAUGUGUAAGCAGCUUGAACGGUUUCUUUCCUUUUCUUUAUUUUUAAAGAAAUGCACUUGCCUAUGAUACUGUCUCUCCAGUGAAAUGAUCACUCCUCCAUUACUCUCUUGAUACAAUAUUGUGCAUGCUAGUGUUGUAUUUCUAUACAGUAGCUUGAAAUUUAUUAACUUAUACUGUAGGUGUUAUGUAUUCCUAUGACAAAAAGAAAAUUAAGUCUUCAAAAUUUUUUUAAAGUUUUUUUUUUUUUUUUAAUUUAAUUUUUCCUUUUUUGGGGGUAAAGUUUGCUCUACCCAAUAGUGACCGUAACCACUUGAUCUGUUUUGGAUGUUGCUAUAGUGACAUGCAGUUAUAUAUUUUGUUUUUAAGGGGGGUGGGGGGGACAAAAGAAACACCAGUGUUAGCUUAACUCAGUGUCUGGUGUUCGUCAUGGUGAAGUUCUAAUUAUCGCAGUGUAGGAGAACGGCGCGGACGUUCUCUGGAUGAGCCUUUGUGCUUUUUGUCCUGUUAUGCAGUGAACUAUUUUUAAGGUCUAAUCAGUGAUGAUUUUUCCAACUCCGUGUUUCUCUAAGGAAUUAUUUCCCACACGGACCAUUCUUAGCGGUUUUCCUCAGUGAUGGAAUAUCAUGAAUGUGAGUCAUUAUGUAGCUGUCGUACAUUGAGCAAAUAAACUUACAGAUCUGA